UGCACCAAGAGGUUGCACGCUAUUAAGUACAUGUGGGCGUCAUCAAAAGUCAGAAGCGCGCGAGCUUUUUCUUUUUUGGGGUGAGAGACAACACGGAGACCUAACAAGAAGAAAGUACUCUUCGCUCCACGGAAAGCUUCUGUAACCGUAAACUUUCUAUCAGCCAGAAAUGACGACCGCAACGAACUCACCACGAGACAGGUAUUAUGCUGUAUGGAUUAUAUUUUUUAUCCUGGGACUGGGAACACUUCUGCCAUGGAACUUCUUCAUGACUGCCACCCAGUACUUCACCAGCCGUCUGAAAGAUCCCGAAAUGAGUGUGAAUGCUCAGAACCAGAGCAUGGCUGACACGCGUAGUGUUCUGGAAUCGAAAUUCAACAAUGUGAUGACACUGUGCGCUAUGGUGCCGCUGCUCAUCUUCACCUGCCUUAAUUCCUUCAUUCAUCAGAGGAUUCCUCAGAAAUGUAGGAUCUCCGGCAGUCUCUCUGUGAUCCUGGUGGUGUUUCUCAUCACUGCAGUGUUGGUCAAGGUGGAAAUGGAACCUUUGCCCUUUUUCGUCAUCACCAUGAUCAAAAUCGUCUGCAUCAACUGUUUUGGGGCGAUACUGCAGGGGAGUCUCUUUGGACUGGCAGGAUUGCUCCCGGCUUCCUACACCGCACCCAUCAUGAGUGGCCAGGGAUUUGCCGGAACAUUUGCAGCUAUUUCCUUGAUCUGUGCAAUUGCCACUGGCUCAAAGAUGCAGGACAGCGCUUUUGGCUACUUCAUCACUGCAUGUGUUGUAAUUGUUCUGGCCAUCGCUUCUUACAUUGCACUGCCCAGAAUGGAUUUUUUCAAGUAUUAUGCUGACGCCAACUGCCCCAAACCAAGCACUGAUGAGGAAAACACGAUGGAUCCGUUGAGCAAAGAGAGCUCUGAGGAGAAGGCGGCAGUAGUGAAUCUGACUGAAGAGGAGACCAUUGAUAACGUCUCUGUGUUUGCCAUCUUUAAAAAGCUCUGGGUGAUGGCCCUUUCAGUGUGCUUCGUCUUCACCAUCACUAUUGGAGUAUUCCCGGCGGUGACUGUGGAGGUCCAGUCCACUGUAGAGGAGGGUGGUGAUUGGCAUAAAUACUUCGUUCCCGUGUUCUGCUUCUUGCUCUUCAACUUGAUGGACUGGGUCGGACGAAGCUUAACUGCAAAAUGGAUGUGGCCUGGUAAAGACAGCAUCUGGCUUCCGGUGCUGGUGCUGGCUCGAGUCAUAUUUGUCCCCUUAUUCGUUCUGUGUAACGUGCAACCCAGGAAAAACCUGCCUGUGGUGUUUACUGGUGACACCUGGUACAUCAUUUUCAUGAUCCUCUUCUCGUUCAGCAACGGCUACCUGGCCAGCCUGUGCAUGUGCUACGGACCUAAGAAAGUGGCCCAGCGUGAAGCAGAAACAGCCGGAGCCAUCAUGGCCUUCUUCCUGUCUUUAGGUCUGGCCCUGGGAGCUGCGUUGUCCUUUGGCUUCAGGGCAAUGAUCUAGUACUCUUUACUCAUUAUGUAUUGCCUUCUGGGGGGAAAAGGACAGAAACAUUGCCAAACUGCUAUUCUGUGCCAUUUGGAAACACAUGGAUCCAGAAUUUAAGAUGAACAGAACUAUAUAACAUAACUGCUCUCUCAAGAGCAAAUAUCACUUAUGCAGAAGAACAUUGGAACAGACGUUGUGUUACAGGGUCUGUGAUGGGAAGAGAACACUAUGUAUUUACUGGAUACAUUUUGCCAGAACUUCAUCGAAGACAGAUUUAACUUUUGUCAAACAAAAGCCAUCGUGUAAGCCAAAAAAACCCAGCAAUUUAUUAGUUUGUGGUUUUCUGCCCUUUUUUUUCCCCGAGUGUUUAGAGUUUAUUUGUUCGGUUUGAUAUAGCAAUAGAAAAAAUGUUUUGUAUUUUAGGCUCUUAGCUUUUAUAUUUAACAUUGUUUUUAAGAAGUGUUUGUACUAAUGUAGAACCUUCCCGUAGUUACAGAUACACAGGGCUCAUGCUUGUGCUGUGGAAACGUAACCAUGCACUCAGUUAAAACUAUAGUUAUUUUAAGAAGUAUUAUUUUUUUAUCUAUUUCUUAACAAGCCAUUUAAAAAAGAAAAAGUGAAAUCUCUUAUGUACGGCUUUAAGUAAAAGCAUGUAUAUAUUAUUAAAUAAAGAGAUUUAAUUCUAAA